AUGAUGAAGUUCGUUUUUAUGCUUUCUCUUAUUUGUGCCUGCUUGUAUUCUUCUCGAGCGGGAAGCACAACUCAAAAACAGGUAAGGCAGUCGUCAGGUUUGUUCAUUUCUGAGAAAUUACCUUUUACUGCGCAUUUUGCGAACCUUUUCAAUAGUGGGCUGAAAGCCUCGGCUUUCUCUUAAUAAUUCACAGAAACCUCAAACGAGUAAAUGAAAGAAUAGUCAUCUUCACAAUUGAUCGGAAAAUCUUUUCACAAACCACUGACACAUGAGUUCGCUUAACCUCGGGUUUGCAAGCGUGUUUUCUGUUUGCCGGAUUUAUCACCGCCAGCAACACAAGAAAAAGAGGAAAAUAAAUAUUCUGAUUGGUCUAAUCUAUGUUAUAUGUUUGAUGUUGGUUGCCAGCUUAUAGCUUCAUUUUUCUCGAUGCGUGAUAGGAAACGCAAUGAUCAGAGAGCGAAAAGCUAUUGUAGAUGCCCAUCUUUGUACCUAUAAUUUGGGACUUUAAUGCGGUUGAUUCUGUUAUACUAAAAAACGGAAAUAUUUCGAUUUUCCAAUUUAUCCUACAGAAAAUUUGUGCCUCUCGAGGUGUGCCAAUCAACAUCAAUGUUCAAGGAAAAGGAGGUGUAAAGGUGCGUAUAAAGCCCAUUUCACUUGAGUUACGUAGGUAAUAGCAAGUGGAAGUUUCAUUCAUUAAUGUGAUAUGUCCCAUUUUUAGGGAGAAAAAGGUGAAAAAGGGGACACUGGAACCAAAGGCGAUAAAGGAAUACCAUGCCAAUGUUCUUUACAGGUAACAAAAAGACAGUUUUUAAAAAGUUUGUAAUUAUUCAUAAGUUUGAAUACUAUUGUACGGUGUUAUGAUUUUCAUUUAUUCAUUAGUUCUGAUCAGUGAACCUUCUGUCUGUUACUUAAUCUGCUGCUGAGUUGAGGUUGCAAGAAGUCUACCCGCAAUUUCAUGGCGUCUUCCGUUUCAAUUAGGCACGUGUCAAAUUGCAUUUGUCCGUCUUCAAGCUGAAGUCUCAAUAUGAAAUAAGACUCUCAAUUACUGCUAAUAGCUAAAAUUUUUAAUCUUUGCUCCAGUUCUCUUGAUUCUUAGGUUUCAGCCAAAACCUUAAACUUUUUUUCUUCUUAUCGGUUCAAUAAUCAGCUUUUACUACUUUUUUUUUUUUUUUUUUUUUUUAUUCCUAAGUUAAAUUUUUUUCUCAUGUUUUUUUUUUUUUUUUUUUUUUGGUUCCCAAAAAACCCCUCCUUUUUUUUCAAGCCUUUUAAAAAGGGACCACUUGGUACCCCGCCCACACACAGCAAUUUUGUUGUGUGGGUUUUUUUUUUAAAUUUAGUGCGUGUAUAAUUUGUUUUUUCUCGUUUUUAUGUUAAUUUUUUAUUUUAAAUUAUUCUUUUAUUUAUUUUCUAUUUAUAAAAUUUUUUAUUUUUUAUUCAAUUUUUUUUUUUUUUUAGUUUUAUCCAAAAUUUUUUUUUUUUUUUUUUUUUUUUUUUUUUAUUAUUAGUUUUUUUUUUUUUUUUUUUUUUUUUUUUUUUUCAUCCUAAGUAUAAAUUGCAUCAUCAGUGUAUAUUCUUUUUUCUGUUUUAGGAUCCAAAAAAGCCAUCUGCUCAUAUCGAAGCCGUCAAUAAGGGGCCAGUCUGGUACCCAGCCAACACAGGUAAUUUGUUCGUUCAGGGUUUUUUUUUAUUUUCGGCAAAUAACUACGAUAAUUUAAAAACGCCAAGGUAGGAGAAUAUCCCAGACUUAUUUCGGGCUAUACUUUGGAGGAAAACUUGUUUUCUGGUCAACUAGGCCGGUUUGUUUAAAGGAGGAUUACUCACCGCUCCUCCAAAAAGCAAAAAAAAAAAAAGAAGAAGAAGAAGAAGCCAAGGUGUUGUGAGGAAGGGCUGAGAUCCAUCCACCUCUCUUUCAGGUUAGGACGGUGGGUUGACGGUUAAGGGCAUGACCUUAUAAAUUAGAUGCGUAGUUACAUUACAAACUGACUGAAAUGACUCCUGGGUUUAAACCUUUCACAUUUUGAUUGAAAUGUGUUGAUAAUUUGUUUCGUAGUGAUCAAGGAUUGGUCGGUAAGUGCUCCGUACAGCUACCUUGCAGGCGGUAUGACGUAUCAAGACGGAAAACUGACAGUUCCUACCCCAGGACGGUACUACAUCUACGCUCAAAUUUACUACCACAACAAUGGACGAGUCUUUGUUAAGGUUAACAACAAACCAAUCACGAUGAUGCAGCCCCCAAUAAGUGUUAAUCACCAUGGUAGCUUGUACGCUGGUGGGGUGUUCAACCUGAAGGCUGGUGACGUCAUCGCGUUGACUUCUUACCAUUAUCCUGAUAGAAAUGGCGCCAAAAUUUACAUGUACACCCAUCACAGUUACUUUGGCGCAUUUUUGAUCUGA